CUGUCUGUUUCCAUGCUGGAUCUUGCAACAAGUCCGAGUGUGUAACUCUCAUUCCUGUGACCCUUUCAGGUAUGCCAGGGAAUGGGAUCUCCCCCAACUAAGCGACAUAAAUCAUUGGUGUCCAGUCAAGACUUACCUAUAUCCAGUGCUGCCAUACCCAGGGGACCUGAACCUCUAUUCGUGGAUACCAACUUUCCUCAGGAUGAAGCUCUCCAGGUGCCUGGAGUGGAGUGGAGAAGACCUAAGGAAAUCUGUGCCUGUCCUCGAUUUGUCAUUGAUGGAGCCACCAGGAUGGAUGUUUGCCAGGGAAGGCUCAGUAACUGCUGGUUCCUCUCUGCCGUGGCCUGCCUGUCUCUGUACCCUCAGCUUCUCGAACAGGUGGUCCCUCCAGGACAAGACUUCGGGGAGGGAUAUGAUGGCAGAUUCAGAUUCCAGUUCUGGCAGUACGGACAAUGGGUGGAUGUUAUAGUAGAUGAUCUUCUUCCUACAAGUCGGACACCAUUUGUGGAGACAGUUGGACAAGAAAGCUCUUCUCAUACUUUGCUCUUCAUGCAUUCUCCAGAGAGGAAUGAGUUCUGGAGUUCUCUUCUAGAGAAAGCAUAUGCCAAGUUAAAGGGAGGAUACGCAGCUCUCCAGUUGGGUUUUGCAGGGGAAGCCUUGGUGGAUAUGACAGGGGGAAUUGUACAGAAAUGUGACACCAGCGGUUCUUCAUCUGAUUUAUGGGUUCAUCUGAAUCAUCUGCUGGAAAGAGGGGCCCUAAUCUGCUGUGGGAACACACAGGGAGAGUUGGAGACCAGUAACCUUAUGGGAAUCCUUAGUCAUCACAUGUACUCUGUGACUGGGACCAACAAGGUCCAAACCAUUUGGAGAAGUGUAGUAUCUUUGCUCCGGGUUCGUAACCCCUGGGGACACACAGAAUGGAAUGGUCCAUGGAGAGACGGAGGGCCAGAGUGGCAAAGUGUGACUGGUCACCAUAAAACAGAGACUGCUGUAGUCUUGGAGGAUGGAGAAUUCUGGAUGGAAGUAGGAGAUUUUCAAAAGAAUUUCCAGGUUCUAGAGAUUUGCCACUUGGGUCCCCAGAGUCUGUCCCGUGUUGGAGGAGCUGCAAGGCCAUGGGACUUUGUGACCUAUGAGGGACGCUGGGUAAAAGGGCUGUCAGCUGGUGGAAGCAUUAACUGUAGGGAUCACUUCUGGAUGAACCCCCAAUUUUCUCUUACUCUCCGGGAGGAAGAUCACAGCUCCUCUGACUCCAGCUGCAGUUUUAUUGUGUCUGUGACUCUGAAACAUCAGCGGCUUCGCAGAGCAGUAGACAAGCGCGUGGCUUGUCACAUAUUCCAGGGAGAUGAGGCCCAUGCCUACCUGUUCCGAGAGGUCCUUCACUUUGCUCAACCAUUGCUGAGCUCUGGAUCUUGCGAUAAUCCCAGAGAAGCGGUCCUGUGUUCCAGUCUGCCACCUGGUAGAUAUGUGAUCAUCCCGUCAUUGGAACAAGUGUCGGAUGAAGGAGAGUUUCUGCUCAGGGUCCUUACAGAAAAAGAGAGCGAAGAUCGGUGCUCAGUCAUUGGUCCUAAUAAAGGUGUACUGUCACUGUCUGACUGUCCUUCCAAAGAUCAGAUACGGAUCAGAUUCCUGCAGUUUUCAAAAGGGUCUGACAUGAUGACUGGAGUGGAACUCCACUGUCUCCUGGUAUCUCUACUACAUGACUAUGCUCCCCUCUUGCCCAGCCUUCCUUUGGAGACUUGUCACAGCCUGAUGGCAUCGAUGGAUACAGAUGCUGUGGGAUUUCUGUGCUGGGAGCAGUUUCACACUCUAUGGAAAUGCAUUGAAGCAAAUACGCGCAUAUUCUGCAAGUUGCAGGUGGACACAUCUGGCAAACUUGGCCGGGAUGAGGUUGUACCAGCGCUACAGGCAGCAGGUCUGCCAGUAGAUGACUUCUUGGUGCAUCUGGCACAGUUGAGGUUUGCCGAUGAAGCUGGCUCUCUUAGUUACCCACAUUUCAUCAGCUGCCUUGUAAAACUACAGAGUGUGACAGGUAAAUUUCAGGCUGCAGAUCCAGCAGGUUCAGGAACUGUGACCCUCAACUACCGACAGUGGCUGCAACUCGCUGUGUACAGCUGAUUGGUAGACAAAAUCGCAAACAACGGUCAAGACACCAGGAUUAUGGAAAGAGAAAAAAAGGGACAUUAAGGCAGACUAGACGGUGCAUAGAAAUAAAAUGGCAAAGAGACUGUGUAUAAAGAUAUUUCACACAGAGAGAGAUAGAGAGAGAUUGUAAAACAAACUGCUAGAACUAGAGAAACAGAGAUGUCAAUUGGCAUCUGCCAUGAUAAGGAGACAUUUUGCAAUUACAGAUAGAGAGCAUGAUGCACACAAGUAGGGUUUAAAGCGACAUUAAACUGUUCAGUACAACUACAGUAGAAUGUUUUCCUCCAGUGCCAACAGCUCUCUUUAAAGUUUUUCUCUUUAAAACUGCUGGUUGGUUCUGCAUCUUCACACUGGGUGCCGCCAUCUUGAAAUAAAAUUAUUCUUGUGCCAUGUGACAGAAGUGGUGCACACUCAGA